CUCCCAUCUUGAAUUGCCGUGUAAUAUUACUUUAACUUCUUUUAAAUUUGCACUCUUAUUUAUUAGCACACACGCUUAUUGUCUUAUCUUUUUAAUACACUUUUAUCUCUAACACAACCGCCGGGCAGCUCCGAAUCGCAAUCACUUGACACUUUAUAAACAAUGGCCGGCGCUAUGGAGAACGCAUCGCGCGAUAUCAGAUAUCUCGACGAGGACGCAGAAGAGUCCGAGUUUGGCUACGUCUACUCGGUCUCAGGCCCCGUCGUAAUUGCCGAGAAGAUGGUUGGAUCGGCCAUGUACGAGCUUGUCCGCGUUGGCCACGAGGCUUUGGUUGGCGAGGUCAUUCGCAUUGAGGGCGACAAGGCCACCAUCCAGGUCUACGAGGAGACCGCCGGCCUGACCGUCGGCGAUCCCGUGCUGAAAUCGGGAAAGCCAUUGUCAGUUGAGCUCGGCCCUGGGCUCAGCUCCAACAUUUUUGACGGCAUCCAGCGCCCGCUCAAGGCCAUCCAGGAGGUUUCGCAGAGCAUCUACAUCCCCCGCGGAAUCGACACUCCGGCUCUCGACAGGAAGCUCGAGUGGCAGUUCGAGCCCAAGGGUGUCAAGGUCGGUGAUCACAUUGCCGGCGGCGACAUGUUUGGCACUGUCUACGAGAACUCGCUGCUGCGCAACCACUACAUUAUGGUGCCGCCGAACGCGCGCGGUACAGUCACGUACAUUGCGCCCGCCGGCAAGUACGCCGUGGCUGAUGUCGUGCUGGAGACCGAGUUCGAGGGCGUCAAGGCCCAACACACAAUGAUGCAGGUGUGGCCUGUGCGUCUGCCGCGUCCGUCCGCAGAGAAGCUGGCUGCUGAUCACCCACUGCUCACCGGCCAGCGCGUCCUCGAUGCGCUGUUCCCUUGCGUGCAGGGCGGAACCACAGCGAUUCCGGGUGCCUUUGGCUGCGGCAAGACAGUCAUUAGCCAGUCGCUGUCAAAGUACUCCAACUCGGACUUUAUCGUCUACGUCGGCUGCUUUGCCCAGGGCACUGAAGUGCUUAUGUCCGAUGGUGCCACGCGCAACAUCGAGGACGUCCGGGUCGGCGAGCUGGUCCUCGGCGAGGACGGCUUGCCGCGUGAGGUUGUUGCGCUCCCCCGCGGCACUGAGACCAUGUACGAGGUCACCGAGGUUGCCGAGGAGACCCAUGUCCCGGCUCUCGGCGGCAUCUCGUUCACAUGCAAUGCCACGCACGAGCUGGUUGUGCGCACUGAGCAGAGCGUCAGCGUGUCCUCUGAGACUGUUGAUGGCGAGCAGCAGGCGGUUGCCAGCUACUUUGCCCUAGACACCGCCAUCGACAUGGCAUCGGGCCGCAGCAUCCAAAUGGUUGGCGUUCACAGGCGCUUUUUCCAGCACAGCACCCAUGGCGGUGCUGCCGAGGCUCAGCGCAAAGCCGAGAAGUUUGCGUCCACUGUCGAACGGAGUGCUAUCAGCUGGACUAUUGAGGCGCGUGAUGUCGAGCGCAUGAGUGCCGGUGUGCGUGCUGCUACAUUCCAGCGGUAUGCACCAGUGCUGGUCGAGUCGCCUGCCCUGGGCGCCGCUCUCGAGGGAGCUGCCAUUGACGCCACACUUGCGCCCAAGGUUGCCUACCUGCUUGGCGCAUGGGCCAGCAGCGGGGACUUUGAGGCCGAUCACCCAACUCUUGCUGUCAAUGCCAAGGACCAGGCGCUGCUCCAGCGCAUUGCCGCAUACACCAGCCAGAUCGACUGCCACAGCGUUGCUGCCAUUACUAAGAGCAGUGGCAGCAAUAUCAGUGUGCGCAUUGAGGGCCAGGCUUCUGCCGCUAGCAAACUGGCGGUGCUUAUGAAGCGCCUGAUUGCCGAGCAAGGCUUUGGCCGCAAUGCCAAGUCGCUGUCGUCGGCAUUGCGCACUGACACCUUUGAGGUGCGCGAGCAGUUCCUGGCUGGUCUGUUUGACUCAGCCGGAUGCAUGAGCAACAGGACCGAUAAGGCCAACAUCAACAGCGCCGGGUAUGAGGUCAUUCUUGAUGGCGCUGUCAGCCUGGCGCGCUCAAUGGGCAUCCGUGCCUCUGUGCAGAUCUCAGGAAAUAAGCACGGCAUUAGCCUUGGCAGCUCUGCGGCCUUUGACGCUGUCGUCGCUCGCUGCACGCUGUCUGGCAUUUCCGAUAUCGCACCGGUUUCGGACAAGAUCGAGCGUUCUGCCCACAACUUUGCCUUCUCUAUGCGCGAGCUGCCCGCAGCCGACUACUACGGCCUUACGCUGUCCAGCUCAUCUGACCACCAGUUCAUGCUGGCCAACCUGGCUGUUGUGCACAACUGCGGCGAGCGCGGUAACGAGAUGUCCGAGGUGCUGAUGGAGUUCCCGCAGCUGACGACUGAGAUUGACGGCCGCCAGGAGCCGAUUAUGCAGCGCACGACGCUGGUGGCCAACACGUCCAAUAUGCCCGUGGCUGCGCGCGAGGCCUCGAUUUACACGGGUAUCACCGUGUCCGAGUACUUCCGUGAUCAAGGCAAGCACGUGGCGAUGAUUGCUGAUUCGACUUCGCGCUGGGCCGAGGCGCUGCGUGAGAUCUCGGGUCGUUUGGCCGAGAUGCCCGCCGACUCGGGAUACCCGGCGUACCUGGGUGCCCGUCUAGCCUCGUUCUACGAGCGCGCCGGCAAGGUCAAGUGCCUGGGUGGGCCCGAGCGUUAUGGCAGUGUUUCGGUCGUUGGCGCCGUGUCUCCUCCUGGAGGUGACUUCUCCGACCCCGUCACUUCGGCCACCCUGGGUAUUGUCCAGGUGUUCUGGGGUCUUGACAAGAAGUUGGCGCAGCGCAAGCACUUCCCUUCGGUCAACUGGUCGCUCAGCUACUCCAAGUACAUGAACGCGCUGGAGCCGUACUACGAGCGUGCCGACCCGGAGUUUGUCUCGCUGCGCACAAAGUGCAAGGAGAUCCUGCAGACCGAGGAGGACCUGUCCGAGAUCGUGCAGCUUGUCGGAAAGUCUGCGCUGGCUGAGUCUGACAAGAUCACGCUCGAAGUUGCGCGCAUCAUCAAGGAUGACUUUUUGCAGCAGAACGGGUACUCCAACUAUGACCGCUACUGCCCGUUCUACAAGACCACGUGGAUGUUGCGCAACAUGAUUGGGUUCUACAAGCACGCGACCCAUGCUGUUGAGUCGACCUCGGGCCAGAUCACCUGGGCCAAGAUCCGCGAUAACAUGGGUGACAUUAUCUACCGUCUGAGCUCCAUGAAGUUCGAGGAUCCAGCUGAGGGUGAGCAGGCGCUGGCUGAAAAGUACACUGAGCUGCAGCGGGACAUGGAGGAGCAGUUCCGCUCGCUGAGCGACUAAAUGGAUGGGUGUGAAUUUUGAGCUGGGUUUCGUAAAUGGAUGGAACUCCGUGAGGUAACUUUUUCAUUCUCUUUAUAAUUUGUUUUCAUCAUAUUUU